AUGCAGCACCAGCAGCAUCACCACCACCACCAUGACCUGAACCCGUCCUCCAUCAUCAUUGUAGGCGCCGGCGUCUUUGGUGCCUCUACCGCCUUACACCUUUCACGUCGGUAUCCAUCGUACGGUAUAACCGUGUUCGACCGCUCGCCGUUCCCGUCACCCAGCGCGGCCUCGACCGACAUCAGCAAGAUCGUGCGAGCGGCAUAUUCGGACCUCAACUAUUGUCGUCUGGCGGCGAGGAGCCACGACAUCUGGCGAAACGAUCGGUUACUGAACAAGUUCUACCAUGAGGCCGGGAUGCUCUCGAUCCGACCCUACAAGGGCGGAGCGCGUGCAAUGUUGGAGAAUUUCAAGCGUUUGGGCAUCAACGAGGACGCCAAGGUCGUGACGCCCGAAGAGGUCAAGACCAUGUUCAAUGGCGUGUUCGAGCGCGCCAACUUCAACAAGGUCGAGGAGUUCCUGUGGGAACCCAACGCCGGUUGGGCAGAAGCGGCCAAUGCCCUUGCGGCCAUCAUGCAGGCGGCGGUCGACAAUGGCGUAUCGUACGUCUCCAAUGCCGUCUCGAAACUGAUCGUCGUCGAGGGUCGAUGCUGUCAAGGUGUCGAGCUCACCGACGGCUCAAAACACUACGCCAGCAAGGUCUUACUGUGUGCUGGAGCCGACACGGCUCGAAUUCUCGCCGAGAGUGCCCCCCAAGACCCGGGUCUGCACGCCGGACCGCGCUUCGUGGCCGGCGCCAUCAUAGAGGCAAAGGUGAAAUUGACCUCGGAGCAGUUGGAAAGAUACAAAGCUACGCCCGCCGUGCUGUGGGAUGCAGACCCUGCUCGAGGGGAGACCAUGCCGCCGACCCCGGACGGUUAUCUGAAAUUCAUCCGAGACAUUCCACUUGCCAACACUUUGGUUCAUGCUGCCUCCAAGACACGCAUCUCCGUCGCACCCCCAAACGCCGAGGGCACCGAGUGGACUGCUCGGGAGAACCUACCAGAAGUCCUACAGGACGAGAUGACGACUGUUAUUGGGGGUAUUUUCGGUCCUGACGCGGCACAGGAAUUGAUACCGCAGCACUUGAGACUCUGCUGGGAACCCUUGGCUCCGGACGAAAGUUGGUUCGUCACGCCCCAUCCACGUUGUGAGAACCUGUACAUAGCAACAGCUGGGUCAGGACAUGCCUGGAAGUUCCUACCGGUGUUGGGCGAGUUCACGGUGCGAAUGAUGCUGGACCCGAAGGGUUGGGAAGAUGAUGAAUUUGCCAAGUCCUGGGCGUGGGAUAGGGAGCUCAUAGACAGUCCGGAUGAGGAUGUGAUACCUCGAAGGCAGCUUGCCGACAUGCGAUAG